CAGAGACCAUCAGGGUGUUUUUCAGCAGGGCCGUCGCUGCUCUUGAGCGAGGAAUCGUAUUACUGCAAGAACUCUGCUGAAACAAAGAAGAUACGUUGAACAAAUGGGAAAUUACAAAUCUAGACCAACCCAAACUUGCACUGAUGAAUGGAAGAAGAAAGUCAGUGAAUCGUAUGCUAUAAUCAUAGAGCGAUUAGAAGAUGACCUGCAAAUCAAAGACAAGGAGCUGGCAGAACUGAAGCACGUUUUUAGCUCUGAUGAAGCCUUCUGCAAAGUCAAUUUAAAUUACCGCACAGAUAAUGGGCUCUCUCUUCUUCACUUAUGCUGCAUAUGUGAGGGUAACAAAUCACAUAUAAGAACUCUUAUGCUAAAAGGACUGCGCCCAUCCAGAUUAACAAGAAAUGGAUUUACUGCUCUGCACUUGGCAGCUUAUAAGGACAACGCAGAACUCAUAACAGCACUGCUGCAUGGCGGAGCUGACGUUCAGCAGGUUGGAUAUGGAGCUCUGACAGCCCUUCACAUUGCCACCAUAGCUGGGCAUCACCAGGCUGUCGAUAUUCUUUUGCAGCAUGGAGCUUAUGUGAACGUUCAGGAUGCGGUUUUCUUCACCCCGUUGCACAUUGCUGCUUAUUAUGGCCAUGAACAGGUAACUCAUCUCCUGCUGAAGUUUGGAGCUGAUGUGAAUGCAAGUGGGGAAGUUGGAGACAGGCCUCUUCAUUUAGCUUCUGCCAAAGGCUUUCUCAAUAUCACAAAGCUCCUGAUGGAGGAAGGAAGCAAAGCUGAUGUGAAUGCUCAGGACAACGAGGACCACGUUCCUCUGCACUUCUGCUGUCGAUUUGGGCACCACGAGAUUGUCAAGUUCUUACUGCAUAGCAGCUUUGAAGUUCAGCCCCACGUGGUUAACAUCUAUGGGGACACACCGUUGCACCUUGCUUGUUACAGUGGGAAGUUUGACGUGGUCAAGGAAAUGAUUCAACUCUCAGGAACAGAAAGUCUCACUAAGGAGAACAUCUUCAGUGAAACGGCUUUCCACAGUGCUUGCACCUAUGGAAAGAACAUAGAACUUGUAAAAUUCCUUCUGGACCAGAAUGUCGUAAGCAUCAAUCACCAGGGAAGAGAUGGACAUACAGGACUGCACUGUGCUUGCUACCAUGGCCAUAUUCGUCUGGUGCAGUUUUUGCUGGAUAAUGGAGCUGAUAUGAAUCUGGUCGCUUGUGAUCCCAGCAGGUCCAGUGGAGAAAAGGAUGAGCAGACCUGCUUGAUGUGGGCUUAUGAGAAAGGUCACGAUGCCAUUGUGACCCUUCUGAAGCACUACAAAAGGCCUCAGGAUGAAUCACCCUGUAACGAAUACUCCCAGCCUGGAGGAGAUGGUUCCUAUGUGUCAGUUCCAUCCCCCCUGGGAAAGAUUAAAAGCAUGACCAAAGAAAAGGCAGACGUGCUCCUCCUCCGUGCUGGUUUGCCAUCACACUUCCAUCUUCAGCUCUCUGAAAUAGAGUUCCAUGAGAUCAUUGGCUCAGGGUCUUUUGGAAAAGUAUACAAGGGGCGAUGCAGAAAUAAAAUCGUAGCAAUUAAACGCUAUCGAGCCAACACCUACUGCUCCAAGUCUGACGUGGACAUGUUUUGCCGUGAAGUUUCCAUUCUCUGUCGACUGAACCAUCCAUGUGUCAUCCAGUUUGUUGGGGCGUGUUUGGAUGACCCGAGUCAGUUUGCCAUUGUCACUCAGUACAUUUCUGGAGGAUCGCUCUUCUCCCUGCUGCAUGAACAAAAGAGAACUCUCGAUCUGCAAUCUAAGUUGAUAAUUGCUGUAGACGUUGCCAAAGGAAUGGAGUACCUCCACAACCUCACACAACCUAUCAUACACCGUGAUUUGAACAGUCACAAUAUUCUGCUGUAUGAGGAUGGGCAUGCAGUUGUUGCUGAUUUUGGAGAAUCAAGAUUUUUGCAAUCCCUGGAUGAAGACAACAUGACAAAACAGCCUGGGAACCUGCGCUGGAUGGCUCCCGAGGUGUUCACUCAGUGCACGAGGUACACCAUCAAAGCUGAUGUGUUCAGCUAUGCUCUGUGUCUCUGGGAGCUGCUAACGGGCGAAAUUCCAUUUGCUCACCUAAAGCCAGCGGCAGCGGCGGCAGACAUGGCGUACCACCACAUCCGCCCGCCCAUCGGAUACUCCAUCCCCAAACCCAUCUGCGCGCUGCUGAUGCGGGGCUGGAACGCCUGCCCAGAGGGUAGACCAGAAUUCUCAGAAGUGGUCACAAAGUUGGAAGAAUGUCUGUGCAACAUUGAGUUGAUCUCUCCAGCUUCCAGCAACAGCAGUGGCUCUCUGUCUCCCUCCUCAUCCUCAGACUGUCUUGUUGCACGUGGAGGACCUGGCCGCAGUCACGUCGCAGCACUGCGCAGUCGUUUUGAGUUGGAAUACGCUUUGAAUGCAAGAGCUUACGCUGUCUGGUCACAGAGCACUGGGCAGCACCCUUCUCAGGGUCUGUCUUUGGAUGACAUGAGGAGAAACUUCCAGUACCCUCCAAUUGACAAAAACGGUUAUGUGUCGGACCCCAUGAGCACCAUGAGGUUUCACUCCUGCAGCAGCAGCUUCGAGGAGAGCAGCUGACAGCACAGUGACUUCCUGCAGAGGGCUCCCAGGACCUGAGCAGCAAGAGUCAGACUGGGCAGCCCAGAACUGAACCACUUCAUCUGCUGGUGGUGAGCAUCCCCAUGAUGAGCUUUGUGCCAUCACCUGCUGCUGCUGACAUGGAGGAGGCAGCUUCUUUUGGUGGUGUGUAUCUGAUUUUAACAAAACUUUUACUAAAAUCACAUGCUUCAGUCUUUCAGUAACAAAAAGACUAAAACAGGCACUCCAAAACAAACCUUUAACCAGAAGGGAAACCUGAAAUGAAGCCAGGUUAAGAAACAGAAUACAGAGCAGGGAAACGGACUGUACUUACAUCCAUACCAACAUGCACCCACUUAUGGCUGCUUUGUACCAUCUCCUGGUAAUACAUCAACAGCAGACACUUGAAAAUAACAGGAAAAGCUUUUAUGGGCAGAAAAGUCUUUACCUGGCCAAGUGCUUGUAAACAACUUUACUGGUAAUUAAAAUAGCUGGCUCCUUGAAGAAAGCGGUUUUUGUUAAUUGGUCUCUCUGAAAGAUGCACCAGGUUUCAGAGGAAAGCAUGUUGUAGAGCAGUGAUCAUUUACCAAUACAAAUGAGAACUCUGCAAAAUGUAAAUUACUGAACAAAAUCACACAGAAUCACAGGCUGUCAAAGAAUGGAAGGGUCCUGAAACGAUCACCCAGUCCCAUCCCUCUGGGAGAGCAGGACCAGCUAAAUCAGGUCACACAGGAAUGCACCCAGGCAGGUUUUGAAUGUCCCUCCCAAGCUCUGUGGACAGCCCAAUCCAGUGUUGUGUUAUUCUCACUGUGAACAAGUUUUUUCUCACAUUUACGUGGACCCUCCUAUGGUCCAGUUUGCACCCAUUGGCCCUUGUCAUGUCAUAACAUACCCUAAAAGUCAUUUGCAGGAAUGGAAUUCAUUCGUGCCAUUCCCUGAGAAGUCAAAGAAACAUGUUGAAAUUCUCAUACAGAACAUGACAGUGAGGUUUCUUUUCCUACUUUUAAGGACAGCAGUGCCUGCAACCACAGCGAUAUUUCAGAUUGUUAUAUUGAGACAUACAUACCAGGAACAGAUGAUCUACAGCAAAAUAAACCAUCACCCCAGCAAGUGAGCCAUACCUCCCACCAGCACUCAGCCUGGUACCCAGACCUGGCCUGUCCUGCUGGAGCCCCGGCACAGCAGGCAGAUGUGGGGCCAAGGGUGUGACCCAAGGGGGGCUGCCAUGGGCUGCAGGCAGCAAAGCAGCCAUGAUGCUCCCUUUGUGCAACUGCGCACACAAAUCACUGAAAAUCCCAACCCGUGAAA